UUCUCUUAAAAAUAUUAAAUCUAUAUUUUAUGGAAACUUACCCUGAAGAUAUAUAUGUUUAUGAGUGAAAUUGAAGACGCUUCCGUUAAGUGAGGUGACUGGUGUGUUGGAUGUUUAAUUCAGCACCGGCAUUGCAUGACAGUUGUUGAAAUAACAAGUGGUUUAUUUUUUUUUAAAACCACACCUUGAAAAUUUUAGGCUCCGAUAGUAACAGUAGACAUCGUAAGGGCAAUUAAAAGAAAACCAGCAGAAAUCGAAGCAAACAUGUCCGGGGAAGUGCGUCUGAGGCAGCUGGAGCAGUUUAUUUUAGAUGGGCCGGCUCAGACCAAUGGGCAGUGCUUCAGCGUGGAGACUUUACUGGACAUACUCAUCUGCCUUUAUGAUGAAUGCAAUAAUUCUCCAUUGAGAAGAGAGAAGAACAUUCUUGAAUAUCUAGAAUGGGCGAAACCAUUUACUUCUAAAGUGAAACAAAUGCGAUUACACAGAGAAGACUUUGAAAUAUUAAAGGUGAUUGGUCGAGGAGCUUUUGGGGAGGUUGCUGUAGUUAAACUAAAAAAUGCAGAUAAAGUAUUUGCCAUGAAAAUUCUGAACAAGUGGGAAAUGCUGAAAAGAGCUGAGACAGCGUGCUUUCGUGAAGAGAGGGACGUCCUGGUGAACGGAGACAACAAGUGGAUAACAACCCUGCACUACGCUUUCCAGGACGACAACAACCUAUACCUGGUUAUGGAUUAUUAUGUUGGUGGGGAUUUACUUACUCUGCUCAGCAAAUUUGAAGAUCGACUGCCUGAAGACAUGGCUCGGUUCUACCUGGCUGAGAUGGUGAUAGCAAUCGACUCAGUUCAUCAGCUCCACUAUGUACAUAGAGACAUUAAACCUGACAAUAUAUUGAUGGAUAUGAAUGGACACAUUCGUUUAGCAGACUUUGGUUCUUGUCUGAAGCUGAUGGAAGAUGGAACGGUCCAGUCCUCAGUGGCAGUUGGAACUCCAGAUUAUAUUUCUCCUGAAAUCCUUCAAGCUAUGGAAGAUGGAAAAGGCAGAUACGGACCUGAGUGUGAUUGGUGGUCUUUGGGGGUCUGUAUGUAUGAGAUGCUUUAUGGAGAAACACCAUUCUAUGCUGAAUCUCUGGUGGAGACAUAUGGAAAAAUCAUGAACCACAAAGAGAGGUUUCAGUUUCCACCCCAAGUGACUGAUGUGUCUGAAAAUGCUAAGGAUCUUAUUCGAAGACUCAUUUGUAGCAGAGAACAUCGACUUGGCCAAAAUGGAAUAGAAGACUUUAAGAAACAUCCGUUUUUCAGUGGAAUUGAUUGGGAUAAUAUUCGAAACUGUGAAGCACCUUAUAUUCCAGAAGUUAGUAGCCCAACAGAUACAUCAAAUUUUGAUGUGGAUGAUGACUGUUUAAAAAAUUCUGAAACAAUGCCUCCACCAACACAUACUGCAUUUUCUGGCCAUCAUCUACCUUUUGUUGGUUUUACAUAUACUAGUAGCUGUGUUCUUUCUGACCGGAGCUGUUUAAGAGUCACAGCAGGUCCCACCUCAUUGGACCUUGAUGUAAAUGUCCAGAGAACUCUCGAUAAUAACUUAGCAACUGAAGCUUAUGAAAGAAGAAUUAAGCGGCUGGAACAGGAAAAGCUUGAACUUACUAGAAAACUUCAAGAGUCAACACAGACUGUUCAAGCUCUGCAGUAUUCAACUGUUGAUGGUCCACUAACAGCAAGCAAAGAUUUGGAAAUUAAAAGCCUGAAAGAAGAGAUCGAGAAACUAAGGAAACAAGUAGCAGACAUGAAUCAUUUGGAACAACAGCUUGAAGAAGCUAAUUCAGUGAGACGGGAGCUAGAUGAUGCUUUUAGGCAAAUCAAGGCUUUUGAAAAACAAAUCAAAACUUUGCAGCAGGAAAGAGAGGAGCUAAAUAAGAUUUUAUCUGGUAUAACAAACUACCUUUAUCUGGAACUAGUCCAGGCUAGUGAGCGAUUAAAAAACCAAUCCAAAGAGCUGAAAGACGCCCACUGUCAGAGGAAGCUGGCCAUGCAGGAGUUCAUGGAGAUCAAUGAACGACUAACAGAAUUGCACACCCAGAAACAGAAACUUGCUCGCCAUGUCCGAGAUAAGGAAGAAGAGGUGGACCUGGUGAUGCAAAGAGCUGAGAGCUUAAGGCAAGAGCUGCGCAGAGCAGAAAGAGCCAAGAAAGAGCUGGAAGUUCACACUGAAGCUCUGAUUGCUGAAGCAUCGAAGGACAGGAAGCUGCGUGAGCAGAGCGAGCAUUAUUCUAAACAGCUGGAGAACGAACUGGAGGGCCUGAAGCAAAAACAAAUUAGUUACUCACCAGGAAUAUGCAGCAUAGAACAUCAACAAGAGAUAACUAAACUGAAGACUGACUUGGAAAAGAAAAGUAUCUUUUAUGAAGAAGAAAUAUCUAAAAGAGAAGGAAUACAUGCAAGUGAGAUUAAGAACCUGAAGAAGGAGCUGCAUGACUCCGAAGGCCAGCAACUUGCUCUCAACAAAGAAAUUAUGGUUUUAAAAGACAAAUUGGAGAAAACCAGAAGAGAAAGUCAAAGUGAAAGGGAAGAAUUUGAAAAUGAGUUCAAACAACAAUAUGAACGGGAAAAAGUCUUAUUAACAGAAGAAAAUAAAAAGUUAACGAGUGAACUUGAUAAGCUGACCACGCUGUAUGAGAACUUAAGUGUACGCAACCAGCACUUAGAAGAAGAGGUCAAGGAUCUAGCAGACAAGAAAGAAUCAGUUGCUCACUGGGAAGCCCAAAUCACAGAGAUAAUCCAGUGGGUGAGUGACGAAAAGGAUGCGCGAGGCUAUCUUCAGGCCUUAGCUUCUAAAAUGACAGAAGAAUUAGAAGCAUUAAGAAAUUCCAGCUUGGGGACCCGAGCAACAGAUAUGCCCUGGAAAAUGCGUCGUUUUGCAAAACUGGACAUGUCAGCUAGACUAGAGUUACAGUCAGCUCUGGACGCAGAAAUAAGAGCUAAGCAGGCCAUCCAGGAAGAGCUAAAUAAAGUUAAAGCAUCUAACAUCAUAACAGAAUGUAAACUGAAAGAUUCAGAGAAGAAGAACUUGGAACUGCUGUCGGAAAUUGAGCAGCUGAUAAAGGACACUGAAGAGCUUAGAUCUGAAAAGGGUAUAGAGCACCAAGACUCACAGCAUUCUUUCUUGGCAUUUUUGAAUACGCCUACCGAUGCUCUGGAUCAAUUUGAAGAUUCCUUUUCUUCUUCCUCAUCCUCACUGAUUGAUUUUUUGGAUGACCGCUCCCCGUCCUGUACUCCAGCUAACAAAGGCAGACGUAUUGCAGACUCUGCUCCACUUCCAGCUCACACGCCAACCUUAAGGAAAAAGGGAUGCCCUGCCUCGGCUGCCUUCCCGCCUAAGCGCAAGACUCAUCAGUUUUUCGUGAAGUCUUUCACUGCCCCUACAAAGUGCCACCAGUGCACCUCCUUGAUGGUUGGUUUGAUAAGACAGGGCUGUUCCUGUGAAGUGUGUGGGUUCUCGUGUCAUAUAACGUGUGUGAACAAAGCUCCGACUGCUUGUCCGGUUCCUCCUGAGCAGACUAAGGGUCCCCUUGGUAUAGACCCACAGAAGGGCGUGGGGACAGCGUAUGAGGGCCAUGUCAGGAUUCCUAAGCCCGCGGGCGUGAAGAAAGGGUGGCAGAGAGCGCUGGCUGUGGUCUGUGACUUCAAACUGUUUCUCUACGAUAUUGCGGAAGGAAAGACAUCUCAACCCAGCUCUGUCAUCAGUCAGGUGAUUGACAUGAGAGAUGAAGAAUUUUCUGUAAGUUCAGUCUUGGCUUCUGAUGUUAUUCAUGCAAGUCGAAAAGAUAUUCCCUGUAUAUUUAGAGUCACAGCUUCCCAGCUCUCAGCACCUAGUAACAAAUGUUCCAUCCUGAUGCUAGCGGACAGUGAGAAUGAGAAGAGUAAGUGGGUGGGAGUGCUGAGUGAACUACACAAGAUUCUGAAGAAAAACAAAUUCCGAGACCGCUCAGUGUACGUUCCCAAAGAGGCUUACGACAGCACUCUACCCCUCAUCAAAACCACGCAGGCGGCUGCAAUCCUAGAUCAUGAAAGGAUAGCUUUGGGAAAUGAGGAAGGAUUAUUUGUCGUGCAUGUCACCAAAGAUGAGAUUAUUAGAGUUGGUGACAAUAAGAAAAUUCAUCAGAUUGAACUCAUUCCAAGUGACCAGCUUGUUGCUGUGAUCUCAGGCCGAAAUCGUCAUGUCCGACUUUUUCCUAUGUCAGCUUUGGAUGGGCGAGAGACGGAUUUUUAUAAGCUAGCAGAAACUAAAGGGUGUCAAACCAUAACUGCUGGGAAAGUGCGCCACGGAGCUCUGUCCUGCCUGUGUGUGGCUAUGAAAAGACAAGUCCUGUGUUACGAGCUAUUCCAGAGCAAGACCCGGCACAGGAAGUUUAAGGAAAUUCAAGUCCCAUGUAAUGUCCAGUGGAUGGCCAUCUUCAGCGAGCAGCUCUGUGUAGGAUUCCAGUCAGGAUUUCUCAGAUACCCCUUGAGUGGAGAAGGAAGUCCAUGCAAUAUGCUCCAUUCAAAUGACCACACACUAUCGUUCAUUGCACAUCAACCCAUGGAUGCUAUCUGUGCAGUUGAGAUCUCCAACAAAGAGUAUUUGCUGUGUUUUAGCAGCAUUGGGAUAUACACGGACUGCCAGGGCCGAAGAUCUAGACAACAGGAAUUGAUGUGGCCAGCAAAUCCUUCCUCGUGUUGUUACAAUGCACCUUAUCUCUCCGUUUAUAGUGAAAAUGCAGUUGAUAUCUUCGAUGUAAACUCCAUGGAAUGGAUACAGACCCUUCCUCUCAAAAAGGUCCGACCUUUAAACACUGAGGGAUCAUUAAAUCUUUUAGGGUUGGAGACUGUUAGAUUAAUAUAUUUCAAAAAUAAGAUGGCAGAAGGGGAUGAACUUGUAGUUCCUGAAACAUCAGAUAAUAGUCGAAAACAAAUGGUUAGAAAUAUCAACAACAAGCGGCGUUACUCCUUCAGAGUCCCAGAGGAGGAGAGGAUGCAGCAGAGGAGGGAGAUGCUACGAGAUCCAGAAAUGAGAAAUAAAUUAAUUUCUAACCCAACUAAUUUUAACCACAUAGCACACAUGGGUCCUGGAGAUGGAAUACAGAUCCUAAAAGACCUGCCCAUGCCAGGUUUCCCUUACCCGUCCCCUCAUCACCACUCCGGUCUGAUCUCCUCUCCGAGCAACUUUGAGCACAUCUAUCACAUGACUGUCAGUUCUGCUGAACAGUUUCUCUCUCCUGAUUCCAUAAACCCUGAGCAUCCCCCGUCUCUGCGCUCUGCCCCUGGUACACCACAUUCUGUGACUCUGAGGAACCCACGUCCUCAGGAAAGCCGGACAGUAUUCAGUGGCUCCGUCAGUAUUCCCUCCAUCACCAAGUCCCGCCCUGAACCAGGCCGCUCCAUGAGUGCCAGCAGUGGCCUGUCUGCACGGUCGUCAGCCCAGAAUGGCAGUGCACUAAAGAGGGAGUUCUCUGGAGGAAGCUACAACACAAAGCGACAGCCCAUGCCCUCUCCCUCAGAGGGCUCCUUGUCAUCGGGAGGCAUGGACCAAGGAAGUGACGCCCCCGCGAGGGACUAUGAUGGAGAGGACUCCGAUUCUCCAAGGCAUUCCACAGCUUCCAACAGCUCCAACCUGAGCAGCCCCCCAAGCCCCGUUUCACCCCGAAAGACCAAGAGCCUCUCCCUGGAGAGCACAGACCGUGGGAGCUGGGACCCGUGAGCCCAGGACCGCGCUGUGGCCACAGGCAGGGACUCUGCAGCCGGACAACGUGCCUGGCGGCGGCAGCGUCACCUUCCGCGCUACUGAGCUGAGGAUUCUUCCGCAGCCAGGCCCGCUUUCCCCUCCCCCUCCAGGUAGCUUCCGUAGACAGACUGCGCAGACGCAGCGCCAAGAGUAGACAGGUUGUGGUCUCACCUCUCACCGUAGUCCUCACGUAGCGCCCAGCAGCCUCCAUGAGCGUCAGCCCGACUGUUGCCAGGAAUAAAUCCUCACGACUUAAAACAAUGCAUAUUUUACUACAAUACAGAGUUUAAAUAAAUACAUAAAUGUAGAAGUUAAAUACUGAAUGUAUAUAGUCAAAGAAGCAUCUUGUGUUCGAUGAAAGAUGGAUGCGUAUAUAAGAAAGAUCAUUUAAUUUAAAGAAAUGUGUUGUUUCUUGUCUGUUUCCCAGCUGAGUCAUAUACAGGGUAGAAAGGCCUCCAGUGACAUUUGUAAAGAGAUCAGAAGUCAGGGCCCCGUGGUAUCUGUCCCCAAGUGUGGGCAGCUGAGAUCAUGGGGAAAUCUAAGGAAUGUUUGUUUGGAGGUUGGUGCCAUUGGUGGGGUGUGACCCGGACACCACAGGUGGCGUCGAAAUCACUCCGAGGCACACUUGCCUCCCAAGGCAUUUCUUUCUCUAGUGAUGGAUUUGAACAUGUCCCCCUCUUACUAUAUUUUGAUAUCUCGCACAGUUGAAUGUGAAAGACAAUUCUGUCAUCUUCUGACCCUUCCUUCCCAUCGUAAAGGGCACAGGGAGAGAGUCAUGGCUUCUGAAGAUCAUCUAAUAGUUCAUGUAGCUGUUUUUUUUUUUUUUUGUUUUUUUUUUUUUUUUUUUUUUUGUCCUGGCCAAUUCCUGUUCCUUCCUAGGUUGCAGUGAGUCUGUCUGAACUGGGCACAGCUUCCCAGUGAGGAGCCUGUUUGGUUAGGGUAGUUGUGAACUUCCUCACACGCACUCCUGGGGAAAGGGCUUCUUUCUCCUACUAAAUCAUGUGAAACCUCAGAAGCAUGGGCUUGAACAGCCUUGACCAAAUAUGCCUUCCCAUGUGAGGGGACCGUGGAGCCUGUUCAUAGGCUCAGGGGUGUGCUGGCUGCCAUGGAUUGUCAGCCAGCUUCCAUUCUGAAUACCUGCUGCUGUACUUGUCCAAGAAAGCAAGAUGGAGACCAGAACUCAUCUCUACCCACGUUUCACCAGCUGAGAACACAGAAAAAAAGAUGGAGACUACAAUAUCCCAUGCAAAUAAGGAGGCCCCGCCACUCUUCAUUUUCACCUCUUUGGGGUUUAAAGAGCCCCUACUUCCCCCACCUUAACCACACCUAAAACAGAUUUCCAAAGUUGUAACCUGCCUGGCAUGCUGACACUUGGCACAGCAUGCUGCCAGGCCCUGCGGGCCAGACUCCCGAGGUGGGCUGCCUUCCGUAGGAGGUUAGAGUUCAGGGAGGGGAACAGACAGGAACACAUCUGGUAGGGUCUUCUUCAACAGCAGCUUUGACACGUUCUAGAUUCUCCACUGGCUCAGACAUGAGUGCAUUUCAUCUGGGAUGGGCAUUGUGUCAUUUUAAUCCGACUCGUUUUGCUUUUGGAAAAGAAGUAUCAUAAACAUAUUUGUGUACAUCCAGAAAUAAGGGUCAGAUCUUGAGUUUGGUCAGAGCUUCUUGUUGUCUGCUUGAACUUGGCACUCGGCCUGAUAGAACUGGCCGCCCUCCCCUCAGUCCUUCCCUCUCCUUCCUAGGCAGAAAAUCGACCAGGCCGAGACUGACAGGACUCACCCUGAGCCUUUGUUUGUAGCUUUGGCAACCAAUUGCAAAUUUUUGUUACUAAGGUGCUUGUUUGUAAAAGGACCCUUUAGAGUCACAUCUAACCCUCUGAAGUCCAGCUCCAUUGCAGUGAGUCCCACCCCAGCUCCCCCCGACCCCACCCCCGUGGAUUGGAUUUCCCCCUGCAGUCACAGAUCCAGGCAUCGUAACAGCAGCCCUGGCCCAGAGUGUGGGGUGGGGUUCUCCUGAUGACCACGUCUGACUUUCCCCAGCCUUAUAUGCAGUGUUCCUGUCCGGAACUGUGGAGGAGGAGGAAAGACGGUGGACAGGCUUCCAGGGGACAGAAACAAAGGUCCCUCAGAGCAGUGGAUAACAGAGGCAGAGAAAAGGCCUGUGGCCCUGCUGGAAAUCACUCUCCCUACCCCAUGCAAGGUACCUGAAAGUGUGGAGCAGCAGGGAUUGAUCUCUACAUGGGGAAAAAUGGCAUUCAGAGCCAUUUCUGGCAGUGUCUCUGGUUAGUACUUGGUGCUAUGUCCAGCCCGUUUGCUAUUGGCCCUUGAAUUCUGGUUAACCUGUUAUGUGGGUUCGGGAUAGGUAUACAAAUAUAUUACAGUUUUGGUUUUGGUUUUGGUUUUUGCCAAACCGAAAGCCUUCCUGUCAAUGAUUGCUAAAGCAGAUUUCACUUAAAGUAUCUAUUUGUGUGCACACUCCCUGUGCGUAGCCAUUUGCAUUUUUUCCCAGUGUGCACAGCUUGAAGACUGAGGGGAUGGCCACAAAUGACCCAUGUGGCUUUCCCGAGAAUUCCCAUAGCCAAGCUGAAAGGGAGCAUCUGAAAUCCCUGUCUUUCCCACCAGCCCUUCCCUCUGCCUCUUCCAUGUUAGACUCCUGUCAUUCUGGAACGUAGUGGCCACAUCGAUCUCUAAGAAAGCUAGCUGGCUUGUGUGGAACCUCAGGGAUCAUUAAGGAAAAGCUAGAGCAGAGGACAGACAUCGACUCCCACAUGCAGCAGCUCACAUGCAGCCUUGGCAGUGAUCACAAACUCAGUUCUCCCAGCUCAGUAGACCUAGCCAACACGCCCUGCCCACAACACGGGCACACUUACAACAGCGUGACUCCCCUGUUGCGAGCCAUGCUUUGCCUAAGACCGCUGGCCCUAUCCAGUCCCACCUGGCCGGCCCUGCCCCUUUCCAACCUGGCCUGGCUGCACAGCAUCUCACUUCACCCCGAGUGGCUCACUCCUUGUUGAACCCUUCAGUCUUUGCAAGUUCCCUGUGGAGCCCUGCUGCAGUGAGGGGGUCUCCUGCAGCUCCAGCAUCCCACGGCCCUGUCGCAGGGCCAGCGUUACAACAGGACCGUACUACAGUUUCAGGAGACUGACUGCCACACGUCAGCCUCAAUGCCACUGAAAACAAAAUGACCUGCCUUUUUGUUUGAUAGUGUAGUGUCAUUAUUUUAUAAAUUUUUAGGAUUUUUUUCUCAUUGUAAUAUUAUUGUACAGUUUUGCAUGGCCUAGGUGUAAUUUUUGUUUAGACUAUGAUGCUGACCAGUGUGUGUGGAAGGGAAGAUACUGCUUUGGCCUCUUAUCAUUCAUUUGGUUUGGUUUCAUCCCUUGAUGUCUUAGGGGACUUCCUGAGAGCGUGUCUGCUACCAGACUAUGACAUGGAUUCUUUUGCACAGAAUUAUUUAAGGUGGGAUAGUAAAAAAUGUAACAAAGAAUUUCUCACCAAUAUUUUAUGUUGGUGUCACCUAAUUAACCAGACUUUGAUGUACUGCAAUAAAAUAAGGAACUGUUAGGACUGA